AUGCUCAAUUACACGGACCUACCCUGGAAUGGCGAGCGAACGAGCGAAGACGUCAUUUCUCGGCGAGUUCGCUCGCCACAGUCGCCUGUGCAGGCGGUUUUCACGACGAGAACAAAGCGGAGGCGCGAUUUGCUUGGCGCGCGCCAUACACUCAUUCACUGUUGA